AUGUCGCUACUUCGAAAGCCGAUGAAGCAAUGCCACUGGCUUCCAGGCUCCAUUCGUAACAUCUAUGAAUGGCUCCAUUACUCUGAGCCCACCUGGGGCUACACCAUCUACCGGACGACCUAUACUCCCCAAUCCAAUGCCGCUUUCCCGCGUAUGGUCGACCUCAUCACGAAGUACAUGAAAGCUGGAUUCUACAAUUAUUACGAAUCUUCCCGUCAGUACAACUCCAGGGCAAAUGAGUUCAACCUCACUCCCUGGGAUGAGAUUUGGCCUAAUUACCAGCCACGGGUCGUUGAAGAUGCUUCCCAGUUCGACGGAUCAUCGAUAGACCAGCUCCGCGAGCAUUUCAGGGCCAAGGCAACUAAGCGCGAUGUGCUCGAUGAGUUUCCUGGCUAUCGCAUGUUUAUUGUCAUUGACGAAGAAAGUUUUCAAACGUUACACAACGCUCACCUUCCUGAGGACUCGAAAUACGAAGAGAAGAGACGUUAUUAUGUGAAACUCGUCGAGGUGUUAGAGGUAGAUCCGUAUGAGUCAUUUCCAGGGUGGAUGAAGUGUUCCCUGCCCUCGUUGUUCGAGGUGUGGUCGGAUAUGCAGGACGGGGCUUAUAUGAAGGACAGUCAUUCGAUGAGACCCGACGGUACUGAUGUUUUAUAA